AUGGUGCGGCGGCGAUUUGGAAGCCUCAUCCUCAAAUCGCUCUCCAAAACUCGCAGCUAUUUCUCCUCCUCCGUUGCUGUUUCUAGUCCCACGCCCACCACAUUACCACCACCACCAAUCACUGAAUCCGCACUCCUGCUGCGUUCAAUCGAAUCUUCUCAGCGGCAUUUCAUCGAACACCUUGCCCCACUCCUCACCCCUUCCAUUCUCACCUCCUUCGACCUCACCAGUCGAUGCUUCUCCUUUUGCACCCUCUACCGCUUCUCAUACCCCAAACCCUCAGUCCACCGCCUCCUUCACCCCCUCAUUCUCACCGGCGCCGCCAACCCAGAGUCGAUUUUCAACGAACUGGCACGUACCCGGGAGCUUCUCAACCUCUUUGAUGCUCUCAUCACGGCUUAUUGUGAACUCAACAAGCCCGAUGAGGCUCUCAACUCCUUCUACUUGAUGAAGGAAAAGGGAUUUCUGCCAAAGAUUGAAACCUGUAAUGACUUGUUCCUCAAGUUGAAUAGAAACCAGGCUGAGGAGUUUAUUAGGCACAUGGACACUCUUGGGCUGAAGCCUGCUAUAUAUGAGUAUAACACACUCCUACACUAUGGAGGAGACAAGUUCCAAGUUGCUUGUGUCAUGUUUCAGACAUUGAAGGAUUCAGGACUUUGUCUGGAUGCUUACAGCUCUAAUUCUUAUAAUUUUGUCAUGUACAAAGAAGGAAGGCUUGAGGAAGCAUCUGAUUCACUUGCAAAGAUGUUAGAGUCAGAGUCAGGAUUGGUGCCACAUGCAGUGACAUAUGAUGCCUUGAUUCAUCAGCAAUGCUGUAAGGAGGAUAUAGAUAAGGCUAUUGCAUACAAAGAUGAGAUGAUAAGCAGAGGGAUAGAGCCAACUCUUGUCACUUACACUUUGUUGAUUGAGUUACUGUUUGAUGUAGGGAGUGAAUUGGAAGCUGAAGAUUUGAUCAAAGAAAUGCAAGAAAAAGGAUUGAAGCCGGAUGUUUAUACUUAUAACACUUUCAUGACCGGUUAUGCCAGACGCAAGAAUCGGAGUAAUCACAUAAGCCUUCAUGAUGAAAUGGUGGAGAAAAGGAUUCAGCCCAAUCAUGUAACAUAUAAUAAUAUGAUCCUAGGGUACUGCAACUGUAUGGAAAUAGAGGAAGCUCAGAAAGUUUUUGAUGAGAUGAAGACAAGGGGGAUCAAACCUGAUUAUAUUAGUUGCAAUUUACUCAUUGGUGGUUAUUUUUAUGAAAAAGGUGGCGCGAAGAACGCUUUGAGAGUCCGUGAUGAAAUGUUGAAGAUGGGAUUUGAUCCUACCAUUACCACUUAUUAUGGACUUAUAGUAGCCUUGUACAAAGAAAAUGAAGUUGAACACGCUGAAGAGCUCCUCAAAGAAAUGAUUAGUAAAGGCAUUUGUACUACUGAUGACUGGACAUACCAAGGUUUAAAGGGGUACAUUGAGGAAACAACUGAUCUAUGGGUGGCCGAGGCUGGGAAAUGCCAGAUUCAGGAAGAUCCUUGA